AUGAAGAACGGCUGGCGAGUCGUUCGACUUCCGAAAAACUUCCCAAACGACAAAGCUACUUUAGCUAAAAAGGCACGAAUCAGCGAACAACGUAACCAAGCAAAAGCAAAGACAGUUGCCACUGACUUGAAGCACAAAAAGAAGACGAAAGCUCCUAUCGCUGAUAUACCUAUUGUCAAAACAAUAACGCCUAAGCGCGCUAUUGUAGAGGCAAAACCGGAACCCAGCAUCAAGAGUUCGCCUCUGGUUCACACUCCUUUCAAAAACCCAGACUUGAACGACAAACCCCUACACUGGUCACCUCGCAUGUUCAAGCCCGAGAUCGACCGUUACAAUUGGACUUGGUCUGAUUGGGACUCUCCAUCCCGGGAAAUCGAAGAUGUCACGUACCAGACUACCGAUUGGCCCAUUCACGAUCCUCUCGCCCGUCUUCCACCACACAUCAGGAAGAAGUUGGAGGAGAUGAAGAAGUUGGAAAAGUUGUUGUUGGAACAGCAGCCCAACAGCAGCCUCACAGCUGACACUAUUCGCUACGAAGAAGUCGAUGUCGCAUCGUCACUUUCUUUAGAAGCAUCCACUCGCUCGAAACGCACUCGUUCAAAACACACUCGUUCAGACUCGACGUCAUCUUCGGAAUUCUCUUCCUGGGUAGACGUGAAUAGCCGUCCUUGGCCUCCACACGUCCUUCAAAUGUUUAAUGAAGGCGAGGAGGAGCGCAAGGAAUGGGCAGCAAGGAGACGUAACCAACCGACCAUGUCUCCUCUUUCUGAAUCCAUUUCGGAUGUCUACAUUCCUUUAGGUUCCCCAAAGCCUAUCCGCGAACCCUCCCCUGAACCUACUAACUCUUCCGGAAUAUCUUCUCUUCUUCAGCUUUACGUCGAAAGCGACAAUGAUCGCCAACGGUGGCAAGCAGAGAAAGAGAAGGAGAAGGAAGAACAGGAGGAGAAGGAGUUGAUGGAGAUGGUGGCAAAGGCGAAGGAGGCAUAUGCUCAUGAGAGCUCUUUCGAGGGCUCGACCUCUCGUUCAAAUUCAGGCUCUUUUGCCUCUUACAACUCAGACGUCGCCAACCACCCUCCUGAAAGCCCAACCACCCAUUCCGACUCUUAUGGCUCUUAUAACUCGGACGUUGCUCUUCAGUACGCUAGUUCUAUCCAGCAGAUUUUGCGGGAUCUUCGCGCACCAUCUGCUGCUGAACCUGUUGCUGAACCAACCCCCGUUGAACCGAUCCCUACCGAACCCACUUAUGACGACUCUUUCGAGAGUCAGGACACUCAUUCAAAUUCAUAUGGUUCUUAUAACUCCGAUGUGGCGAACAAGUAUGCUAGUUCUAUCCAACAGAUUAUGCGCGAUCUUCGUGCAUCGUCUGCUGCUGAGCCUGCUGCAGAGCCUGCUGCUACUCCCGCUCCUGCUGCUACCCCUGAAACUACUUCUGCUCUCCCUACUUACGACGACUCUUUUGGCAGCCCCGACGCUCAUUCUAAUUCCUAUGGUUCGUACAACUCUGAUGUUGCGAAUCAAUACGCUCGUUCUAUCCAGCAGAUCAUGCAAGACCUUCGUGCAUCAUCUACUGCUGCACCUGCACCUGCUCCUGCUCCUGCUACUGCUUCUGUUCCUUCUUCUACUUCAGCUUCGGGUUCGGGUUCGGCUUCUCCUUCUCCACCAUCUUCUCCUUCUCAGCACUUCUCUGCCAAACGUCAGCUCCCAUCGGCUUUCACCCUGGAGCUACCAAGGCCUGUAGAAGUGCCAUCGAAGGAAUCUGGCUUCGGUUGGAAGUCUCUUGCCUGUGUUGGCGUCGCGGCUGCGGCUGUUGGCGCGGGCUUGGCUUACGCUUGGCUUUCUUUUGCGACAUAA